AUGUCUGCGAGGAAGCAGGAGGCCGCCAACUCGAUAGAUCUGGGUGAGAGCAAAGCAUCCCUCCCGCAGCAUAGCAGAGGGGCUGUCGGGGCGCUCAGCGUGGGGCUGAGAGCGGUGGCAGGGGCAGGCAGGAGCUCCCCAAGCGCCCUGGGGCAGUGCCCCUCCGUGCCGCAGCCAGCGGGGCCCAGGCUGGGCCGUGGGCACCUGCUGCUGGGACACCCGUGCCUGCAAGGCCAGCCCUCAGGGCCGCUUGUCCCCGGUCCUGCAGAGGUGAGCUGCUCAUUCCCGCUGUCGUUUGCUCUCUCCCCUCCAGCAUGCAUGCUGUGUGGCCGGGCAGAGGCUGACCCGCACAUCUGCGGGAAGAAACUGCAGAAGCAAGGGAUCUGCGCCCACCUCUUUUGCCUGUUUUUUACCAAGAAGCUUUUUAAUCAAGAGAGUAUGGAUGGGGUAAGCCUGAAGGAUAUCCGACGCACAAUCAAGCAGGCAUCACAGAGGCGCUGCUUCGUCUGUGGCGAGAGCGGGGCCGCCAUCACCUGCUGCCAGGAGGGCUGCGACCGCAGCUUCCACCUCCCCUGCGCCGUGGAGGGGGAAUGCAUCACGCAGUACUUUGGGCUUUACAGGUCCUUCUGCUGGCAGCACCGCCCAGAGCAGGCAGUGGAGGCGGCUCCGGGGGAGAACACCGCCUGCCUCAUCUGCCUGGACCCGGUGGAGGACAGGAAGUCCUACGGCACCCUGGUGUGCCCAGCGUGCAAACACGCCUGGUUCCACAGGGCCUGCAUCCAGAACCAAGCUAUCUACGCUGGCUUCUUCUGUUUCCAGUGUCCACAUUGUCAAAAUGAAUAUCGAUUUCUGAUGGAAAUGCUCACCAUGGGCAUCCGAAUCCCCAAGAGAAUACCAUCAGGUGAGGACGACAGUGCAUAUGAAGAGUUAUAUGAGAGGCACAGCCGCUGCGAUGCCCGUGAGUGCCUUUGCCCAGGAGGCAGGCAGCACGCAGAGGAACAGGGGCCCUGGCAACUGCUCCUGUGCUGCUCCUGUGCUGCCGAGGGCACCCACAGACGCUGCUCAUUCAUGAAACACAGCACAGUCAUAUGGGAGUGUGACAGCUGUGCUGGCCUGGGCACCGCCUCCAGUGGCAGCUCGGAGGUCACGGGUCCCAUCACCGAGAGCCAGUCACGAUCGGGGCCGUCCCACAGCUCUCCAGCACCAGAGACCAGCAGCCCCAGCAGCACUGGUCUCCAGGCGCCAUCGGGCCUCUCCCACGGCUCCCCAGUGCUUGUGGGCCGCAGCUGGUGCCGUCCACCUGGGCCUGACCGAUUGCGGGACCGCUCUCGCUCGCGGUGUCGGGCCCAAAAGCCCUACAGCCGGCGCACAAGAGGUCGUGGCAGGAGCCGCGCACCAGCACCCAGGGCUGAGAGCAGCAGCCCCGCACAGUCGGUGCCGGGAUGCUCCCGUGGCUCCCCGGUACCCGAGACCGGCAGCCCCAGCACCCCCAGCUCUGCACGGCUCCAGAGCAGCCGCCGCCCCAGCCGCCCCGGGCCCGUGCGGGGACGAGACCGCUUCCCGCUUACGACGUCGGGCCCAGAACCCUUACAGCCGGCCCGGACGCUGACGCGCGACCAGCCCUGCGCCGGCCCUGCCUGCUGGCCCUGA